AAUUGGAGAACUGUGUGCAGUUGAAGGAUGCUGGGAGAAGGUAGCCUCUCAAGAGUGGCUCACGAUCAUAUCUUCAACCCUUUCCGCAGCUAUUGAUGACCUCAUGACCCCUGAAGAGAAGGCAAAGCUUUUCACUGCCAUUGGGUAUAGUGACAGUUCCCACAAUCUGACUUUACCCAAAAAGUAUGUGGCCCAUGUGAUGUCCCUGAAACUGUUAAGCACUUCCUUUACUAUUAAAGAGGACAGAAACGUUCCAGACACUCUUAAAAUUCAGAUCAUCGAUUUAAGUACUAAAAUCUCACAGAGGCCAGGCGCACAAGCUCUUAAGAUAGAGGCAAAGCUUGAGCAUUGGUAUGUGACGGGCUUGAGGCAAGAGAAUGUUGUACCUUCUCUCGUGGCUUCCAUUGGUGAUGCUGAGUCAUCUCUGCUCGAAAUAAAAUUUGAGACAAAUCCGGAGGAUAGCGUGGCUGAUCAGAGCCUCUUCGUUCAGUCACAGCCUGUAGAAAUUAUUUACGAUGCAAGAACGAUCAAUGCCCUGGUGGAAUUCUUCCAGACAAACCGAGGGAUGGACCUUGAACGCUUAACCACAGCUACUUUGUCGAAGCUAGAAGAAAUUAAAGAGAGGACAGCCACAGGACUUAUGCAUAUUAUUGAAACUCGAAAAGUCCUUGACCUCAGGAUUAACCUGAAGCCUUCCUAUCUUCUCAUCCCACAAAGUGGCUUCCACUGUGAAAAGUCGAACUUGCUUAUUUUGGACCUCGGUACUUUCCGGCUGAAGAGCAUCAGUCAAGGUAGCCACCACGCUUCAAGCAGUUCCUUGGAAGAGAUCAUGGACAAAGCAUAUGAUAAGUUUGAUGUAGAAAUCAGGAACGUACAACUGCUGUUUGGCAGAUCAGGAGAAGACUGGAAAAAGGCUCGGUUUGAGCCUGCAUCAUCGCUGCACAUACUGCGUCCCAUGGAUAUGCGUGUACAAGUUGCCAAAUCAAUGGUGGAGAAGGAUGUCAGAAUGGCAAAGUUUAAAGUGUCGGGGGAGCUUCCUUUAGUUCAUCUGAGAAUUUCUGAUCAGAAGAUCAAAGGUGUUUUUGAACUUAUUGAUAGCAUUCCCCUUCCACAGAAAUCAGUUGUUUCAGCUUCAAGUGCAAAGGUUCCUGCCAUUCCUGUGGUUUCUGCAGGAAGGAAAGAUUUCCUUGGUACUACGUUGUUUCUGGAAGAAUUAGGAUCAGAAUCUGAGGAUGAAUAUUUUGAUACUGAUGAGCAUCUCCAGCAACCAGGGAAAGCGGUUUCCCCUAAAGAAAGGCAGUUAAGGAAUGAGACUGGAGCCAUUCAGGAAGAGCUGACAGACCUGCUAUUAAAAUUUGAAAUUAAGGAGGUGAUUUUGGAGCUCACCAAGCAGCUGCAGAGAGAAGAAACAAUACUUAUACUUAACGUAAAGCAGCUUGGGAUGCAAGCCACGGCUAGAACAUACGACUUGAGAGCUGUGUCUUACUUGAGAAAGAUUAGCCUGACUUAUUAUGAAAUUCAAGGUGAACGGCAGCAACUUCAUUUGAUUAGUUCAUCGGAUAAAUCUGGAUUAGAUCUUUUGAAAGUAGAAUAUAUCAAGGCCAGUAAAAAUGGUCCAAAUUUUCAGACAGUUUUUGACAAUACUGAACAAAGAGUGGAGGUGGCUUUCUCCUCCCUCCAAGUGUUGCUGCACACCCAGGCUCUUCUCUCGGCCCUCGGCUAUCUCAUGGCUGUGAUCCCAGCAAGAGACCAGCAGCCUCAGGCCCUGCAGAGACUGGAGGAAAGACAGAGGAAGGAGUCUGCUUGGAAGGAAGUGGCAAAACUGAGCAAAGACAAGGAUGUGUUUAAUUUCAAACUUUUUGCCAAGAUGGAGGCCUUCUGUUUAAACGUUUGCGAUGAGAAGAACAAUAUUGCUGAAAUCAAAAUCCAAGGCCUUGACUCCUUUCUUUUUCUGCAGUCCAGUCAAACCAUUUUCUUUGCACGGCUGAAAGAUAUAGACGUUAUAGAUGUUGAUUCGAGGACAAUUCAUAAAAAGGCUGUUUCAAUUGUCGGUGAUGAAGUCUUCAGUUUCCAUCUGGCGUUAUAUCCAGAGGCGACCAAGGGCGAAGCUUACACAGAUAUGUCCAAAGUGGAUGGAACCGUGGCUCUCAAAGUGGGGUGCAUUCAGAUUAUAUAUCUGCACAAAUUCCUCAUGUCGCUCCUGAAUUUUUUGAGCAACUUCCAAAUUGCCACCGAGGCCUUGAGUGCUGCUACGGUGCAAGCCGCCGAAAAGGCUGCCACCAGCAUGAGAGACUUUGCUCAGAGGAGUUUUCGUCUCUCCAUGGACAUAAACCUGAAGGCUCCGGUCAUCCUCGUACCGCAGUCUUCUGUGUCUUUUAAUGCUGUUGUCAUUGAUCUUGGACUGAUUAAAAUACAAAACCAAUUCAGUUUGGUGCUGGCAGAGAAUUGCCCGCUCCCUCCAAUCAUGGAUAAAAUGGAUGUACACCUCACACAGCUGAAGUUGUCAAGGACAGUCUUGCAGCGAGGGGGUUCACAGCCUGACAUUCAAAUUCUGCACCCUAUUAAUCUGGACCUUUCUGUGAACCGCAACCUGGCUGGAAUGUGGUAUCACAAAAUACCCAUGGUGGAAGUCAGAGGUUAUCUUGAUACUAUCAGCGUUAUCCUGAGUCAGGAGGACUUAAAUGUUCUGCUUAAAGUUGUGACUGAAAACCUGGCAGAAGCAGACAAAACCGUCUCUGGUGCAGAACCAACGGCACAGGUUGAAGCGGACAAGGCAAAAGAAACGACGCAGACAACUGGAGCUCAGAAACCAAGCAUCUCAGAAGAAGCCCUGAAGGAAGAUAGAACCAAUCUGCUGCUGAACUUUGAAAUAAACAAGGUUUCAGUAACAUUAACGAAACAAGUGGAAAAGCAAAGUUUUCCUUUAUACAGGCUAACAGUAUUAAAACUUGGAAGUGAAGGCAGAAUUAAAAUGCAUGAUAUGACUGUUACAGCAUAUCUUAAGAAAAUCCAGAUGAAUUGCCUUGAAUUCACUGAUUCCAAAGGAGAUCCAUUAAAUAUUAUUAGUUCUUCAGAUGAAUCCGGCAAGCAUCUUCUAAAGAUGGAAUAUGUUAAGGCUGAUGUAGAUGGUCCUCACUUUGAAACAGUUUACAAUAAAACAAAGCAAUUGUUGAAUGUCUCCUUUUCUUCGUUAGACUUACUUUUGCACACCGAUGCCUUGGUUUCUAUCAUGAAUUUUUUCACAUAUGCCUCAGGCAGUCUUACACCAGCUGAUAAGGGGACUGAUGUAAAGGAACAGUCGGAGGAGCCCAAAUUAGCUGUUGCAAAAUCAGUUGCUGCUACUGCAGCCAGCGAUGAUGUGUUUGAAUUGAAGCUCACUGCCAAACUGAAUGCCUUUAAUGUUUUGGUCUGUGAUCAGAAAGCUAAUAUUGCAGAUAUCCGAAUACAAGGCAUGGAGGCCUGUGUGUUCACAACAACAAAGCACACUGAAGUUUUUGCCAGGCUUCGGGAUUUCAUAAUAACAAACGUUGAUCCGGAAACUGUUCAUAAAAAGACAGUCUCGAUAGUGGGAGAUGAAGUCUUCCGGUUCACGAUGUCCCUUUAUUCUGAUGCCACAGAGGGAGAUGCUUAUAUGGAUAUGUCCAAGGUUGAUGGUCAGAUGUCUCUGAAAGUGGGCUGCGUCCAGAUUGUUUAUGUGCAUAAAUUCUUCAUGUCGCUUCUGCAUUUCCUAAAUCACUUCCAAACUGCAAAGGAGGCCCUGAGUGCUGCCACAGUUCAAGCCGCAGAAAAGGCUGCUUCCAGCAUGAAGGAUUUUGCUCAAAAGAGCUUUCGCCUCUCAAUGGACAUCGACCUGAAAGCUCCAGUUAUAGUGAUUCCUCAGUCUUCUGUGUCCAGCAAUGUACUGAUAGCAGAUCUUGGCUUAAUCAGAGUUUGGAAUGAGUUCACUCUGGUCUCUGGGGAAGAGAAUACUCCUCCUCCAGUGAUUGACAAGAUGGAUAUACAGUUAACCCAGUUAAAGAUCUCCAGGACCACCGUAGGCCGCGGUCCUCAGCCAGACCUUGAAAUUUUGCAGCCCGUCAAUCUGCAGCUGUCCAUCCAGAGGAAUUUAGCCGCAGCUUGGUAUCCUCAAAUUCCAGGGAUUGCCGUCCAAGGAGACUUGAAGGCCAUGCUGAUCUCAAUCAGUCAAGAUGACUUGACUUUGCUCAUGAAAAUUUUGCUAGAGAAUCUCAGUGAAGCUGCUGCGGAUCCCAAAGUUACGCAUUCAACCUUACCAGAAGCUCAGAAAUUUCAAAAGCACAAACCUGAAACUGUGGCUGAUGUUGGUGAAGGAAUUCCUGAGAUUUCUGGAGAGGAAGGACUUGGUGACGCUCAGCCUAAGAAAAGUGUGGCUGUGAUGUUUCAUUUCAACUUUGAAUCUCUUUCCAUUGUUCUCUACAAUGCUGAUGAGAACCAGAAAUCUCAGCUUUCGCUUCACAAUAGCCACUUACGUCUUGGAGAGCUCCGGCUGCAUUUUAUGAGAUCAUCAGGACAGAUGUUUUCAGACGGCUCUAUAGAUGUCAGUACUAAGAUGGAAACAUGUACAUUGGAUGAUCUCAGAGAAGGGAUACAGAAAGUGACUUCAAGAAUGCUAGCUAAAAAGGAUGGUAAGGCUGGUAGCGUCAUGAUUGACAUCAGCUACAAGCAAGAUAAAAAUGGGAGUGAAAUUGUAUCUGUCUUGGAUCAGCUGUAUUUGUGUGCCAGCAUGGAGUUCUUACUGACCGUGGCGGAUUUCUUCAUUAAAUCCAUGCCUGCAAGCUCUCCAGCGGAAAGAUCAACCCAGUUUUCCUUAAAGCACGCUUCCCAGGCAAAGCCUAAGCCUGAAAAAGCUGCAGCUCUGCGAUCAAACAUGUCGGUAAUAGCACAAAUCUUGGAUCCAGAAAUCGUGUUUGUUGCCAACUUGACAAAGGCCGAUGCUCCUGCCUUAGCAGCUUCGUUCCAGUGCAGUUUCAUGUUGUCAGGGGGCUCGAUGGCACACCAGGUGACCGCUCAGGUGUUUGACCUCAAGGUGCUGGCCUGCCCCUUCCUCCAGGGGAAAGCAAAGAAGAAUGUCACCACGGUGGUGCAACCAUGCUCUUUAGCUGUGGAAGCCACGAUGAAUACUUCUGGAGUGCAAAGUGUGGAUGUGAUCAUGGACACAUUGAUCGUGAAAGUUUCACCAAUAAUUCUCAACACUGUAAUGACUAUCCUGGCUGCCAUGAAGUCACAGGCAAAGGAGGAAGAAUCUGGAGGGAUUGCUUGUAAUCCUGGGAACCUCUGGAGCGUCAAAUCCGUUGACCAGUGCCAGAAUUGGUUCCUAGGUGUCGACAUGGCCACGGAAGUCACUGAAACCUUCCUAGCCAGCGAGCAGUGUGAAAAAAAGGAACGCUUUGAGGUGGAGGUGAAAUCGGUUCAGGUCACCCUGGAGUGUGGAUUGGGACAUCGUACCGUUCCUUUAUUAUUAGCAGAAUCUGCGUUUUCUGGAACCGUGAAAAAUUGGUCUUCUCUCAUGACAGCCAGAGCUGACAUGACGCUGGAGGUGCAUUAUUACAAUGAAACACACGCUCUCUGGGAGCCUCUUAUAGAACAAGCGGAUAGAGAAGGACGUCGGUGGAACUUAAAGUUGGAAAUGAAGACAAACCCUGAACAGGAAAGAAGUCUGUUGCCAGGAGAUGACUUUAUUGUUCUACCUGAACCACAACGAAUGAUCAGUAUCUCGUCAAAAGAUACCAUGAAUAUAACAAUAUCCAAGUGUUGCCUAACUGUCCUUAAUAAUCUAGCCAAGGGCUUUUCAGAGGGAGCUGCUUCCACUUACGACUAUGCUUUGAAAGACAGGGCUCCCUUUACUGUCAGGAAUGCUUUGGGAAUUCCUCUCAGAGUUCAUGCGUGCAAAAGCCUCCAGGUUGUUGGACUGCCUACAAGUGAUGAUAUUCACGAUAUGGGAAUUGGUCAGAGUUUAGAACUGGAGUAUGCUACCUCGGAGACUCUGAACAAAGGGAACCGAAGCAUCUUACAUCGCCAAGACAGUUCUCUGUUAACACUGAGCUUUGCACCUGAAGGAUACAGUGAAGUGGCCGGUGUUCCCAUAGCAAAGCCAGGGAGAAGACUGCAUAGUGUCAGAGAGCCUGAAAGCAAUUCCUCCAAUACAGUCGUUGUGCAGAUAGACGCAGAAGAAGGAAACAAAGUGAUUACACUACGCUCCCCUCUCCAGAUUAAGAACCACUUCUCUGUCCCAUUUAUAAUCUACAAACUUGUUAGGAAUAUUAAACAGCUGAAGCCUAUAGGCGUGUCUAUGCCGGAAGAGGAAUUUCACGUUCCAUUAGAUUCAUACAGAUGUCAACUGUUUGUUCAGCCAGCGGGGAUCUUAAAAGGCCAGUUUGAGCCAUCCACGACCUACAUAUCUUGGCAAGAAGAGCUGCAUAGGAGUAGUGAAGUUAAAUGUUUGCUUCGUUGCCCAGCCACCGAAGCCAAUUUCCUGCCACUAACACUGAAAGCCACUGCUGUGCCCGACGAGCUGAACUUCAUUGCAACUCACGAGGACAACUGGGAGCCAGCCUACCUUAUUCAUUUCUAUCCCACGCUUACUCUGCGGAAUCUCCUGCCUUACUCCUUGCGAUACCUGCUUGAGGGAACAGCAGAGGCCCACGAGCUACAAGAAGGAAGCACUGCCGAUGUUCUUCACUCCAGAAUCGAUGGGGAAAUCAUGGAGCUGGUCCUGAUAAAAUAUCAGGGUAAAAACUGGAACGGGCACUUUCGUAUCUGUGACACACUGCCAGAAUUUUUCCCAAUAUGCUUCACGUCGCAUUCGGCAGACAUAGCUACAGUGGACAUAUAUAUUCAUGUCAGGAAAGUCAGCACCCACAUGAUCCUCUCUGUGUAUAGUCCUUACUGGAUCAUCAAUAAGACUUCCCGUGUUCUCCAGUACCGCGCUGAGGAUAUUCAUGUAAAACACCCGGCAGACUUUCGGGACAUCGUCUUAUUCUCCUUCAAGAGGAAAAAUAUUUUCAGUAAAAACAAGAUCCAGCUGUGUGUCUCAACUAGCAUGUGGUCGAACAGUUUCUCCCUGGAUACAGUAGGAAACUCUGGAUGUGUGAAGUGCCCAGCCAGCAACAUGGAUUUUCUGGUUGGCGUUACUAUUAAGAUGAGCAGCUUCAAUCUCACUCGGAUAGUCACUCUGACUCCAUUCUAUACCGUAACAAACAUGUCUUCUUUGGAGCUGGAAUUCGGAGAAAUGGGAGUUGAUGGCUCGUUUCCUACUAAUAAAUGGAGUUAUUUCUCACCCUCAGAGUGUGUUGCGUUUUGGCCUGAAAAUUCGUCUGGCAAGCUGUGUAUCAGAGUGAUUGGCUCCAACCAGUUUUCCAAACCGUUCUUCUACAAUCGACAGGACAAUGGGACAUUGCUGAGCCUGGAAGAAUUGAAUACCGGUAUCCUGGUGGAUGUCAGCUUGGCUGAGCAUUCCACAGUUAUAAACUUCUCUGAUUAUUAUGAGGGGGCCGCACCUGCUUUGAUCAUUAAUCAUACUUCCUGGGGGACUCUUAAAUAUCAGCAGAGAGGCGUGCAGGCAGCGAUGGAACUGAAGCCGAGGGAAGUUAGAUUGUUCGUUUGGGCAGAUCCUACAGAGAUAAGAAAGUUAAGCUGGGAAUAUGCGCAAAACACUGGUGAACUCAAUCUCCUUAAGGAUGAAUGUGGACAGUUUUCCUACAACGCCAACACUCCGAUACAUUGGGUCUCCUUCUUGGACGGACGGCAGAGGGUCCUGCUUUUCACAGAGGAUGUUGCUUUGGUGUCCAGAGCAAGGCAAGCAGAAGAGAUGGAGCAGCCUGACCAAGAAAUAAGCGUUGCUCUUCACGGCCUUGGGCUGUCGCUGGUCAACAACAAACGGAAACAGGAGAUCUCUUAUAUCGGGAUCACUAGUUCAGGCAUUAUCUGGGAAUCAAAACCUAAGCAGCGGUGGAAGCCAUUUAGUCAGAAGGACAUCAACCUCUUGGAACAGUCUUAUCAAAAGCACAUCUUUGAACAAGGCACAGAGACUUCUGGCUGGGUUAAAAUCAACAACAAUUUUGAGGUAAACUUUGAUAAGGUGCCUAUGGAAAUGCGCCUUCCAUCGAAAUGCUUUAUCAAGCGAGACUUUCUGUCGGGCAUCCAAAUUGAAUUCAAACAGUCACCGCAUCAAAAGAGUUUACGGGCUCAGUUAUAUUGGCUCCAGGUGGAUAACCAACUCCCAGGUUCCAUGUUCCCUGUGGUAUUUCAUCCUGUGGCUCCUCCCAAAUCCAUUGCGCUGGAUUCAGAACCAAAACCAUUCAUUGAUGUCAGCAUCAUCAUUAGAUUUAAUGAAUACAGUAAAGUGUUGCAGUUCAAAUAUUUCAUGGUCCUUGUCCAGGAGAUGGCUUUGAAAUUAGACCAGGGAUUCCUAGGAGCUCUCAUUGAACUCUUCACUCCAUCUACAGACACAGAAGCUGAAAAGCAAAAGAUGAAGUUGAUACAAAAGGAUAUUGAUGCUCUUAACACAGAGUUGAUGGAGUCAUCCCUGACAGAUGUAUCCACUCUUAGUUUCUUUGAACAUUUCCAUAUUUCUCCAUUGAAGCUACAUUUGAGCCUUUCCUUGGGCUCUGGCACAGAAGCGUCCGAGACAGGCAAAGGCGAUAUGAUAGCCAUCCAUUCAGUGAAUCUGCUCUUGAAGAGCAUUGGAGCCACCCUGACAGACGUGGAUGACCUGAUCUUCAAGCUGGCUUUCUUCGAAAUCAAGUAUCAGUUUUACAAAAGAAAUGAAUUGCUGUGGAGAGUCAUUGGCCAUUACAAAGGGCAAUUCCUGAAGCAGAUGUAUGUUCUUGUGCUGGGACUGGAUGUCCUGGGUAACCCCUUUGGCUUAAUCCGAGGCCUUUCGGAGGGUGUGGAGGCUUUCUUCUACGAGCCCUUCCAGGGAGCCGUCCAAGGGCCUGAAGAGUUUGCUGAAGGGAUUUUGAUUGGCGUGAGAAGUCUUCUCGGCCAUACUGUCGGUGGCGCAGCAGGCGUGGUGUCCCGCAUCACUGGCUCGGUUGGAAAAGGUUUGGCUGCCAUCACUAUGGAUAAGGAGUAUCAGCAGAAGAGAAGGGAGGAGAUGGGACGUCAGCCGAAAGAUUUUGGGGACAGCCUUGCCAAAGGUGGAAAAGGCUUUCUGAGGGGAGUUGUUGGUGGAGUAACUGGGAUAGUCACAAAACCCGUAGACGGUGCCAGAAAGGAAGGUGCAGCUGGCUUCUUCAAAGGGAUCGGGAAAGGACUUGUCGGAGUGGUGGCCCGUCCCACCGGGGGCAUCAUUGACAUGGCAAGCAGUACAUUCCAAGGGAUCCAGAGGGUGGCCGAAUCUACUGAAGAAGUAUCCAGCCUGCGCCCCCCUCGCCUCAUUCGUGAAGAUGGGAUCAUUCGGCCCUACGACAGAGGCGAGGCAGAAGGUUUUGACUUGUUUGAGAACUCCCACAUCAAGAAGCUGGAAGCAGAGAGUUUCCAGGACCAUUGCCCAGUUUCAGGGAGCAGAAAGACCCACAUCGUCGUGACCAGCAGGAGAGUCGUGUUAAUGAAAGAAGUGGAGAUCCUAGGGCACAUGACAACAGAUUGGGAUUACUUAUAUGAAGAUUUUACACGACCUCCCACUACAGAUGAAAAUGUACUGCAAAUCUUCGUUAAGGACCGAGGGAUGCUACCAUUCCACAAAAAAGAGAGUUCGGGACACGAAUUAAUAAAGAAAAUCCGGCUCCCAGAUGCAGCUGCAGCAAAGAGAAUGUGUCAAGCCAUUGAUGCAGCUGAAGCCAGCAGCCACCAGCAGAAGUUGGUGAAGCAAGCAUCUCUGAAAAGAAGUAUAUCCAAGACGUGACUGGGGAACAAACGCCUUCGCUUGGCCAGCCUUUCAGAAGAUGUCUUUUUGGGGAGCGGUCGGUGCCUGGGUGAUGAUUCUUGGUUUGGGCUUGUGAGCUUGGGAACCGUUUAAGCCAGCCCUUGUCUCAACUUUACUAGAUCUAGAUUUUGAUUGAUUCCGUGUGUGCUUCUAUAAAAUCUUGACAGUCAAAACACCAAAGAAGAAAUUCAGAGAUUCCUUCUGUUUUAAAUUUCCCUUACGAUAAAUUAAUCAGAAUUCAUUUCUGCUUUUGCCUUUGGCAAAAAAUAAGCUUUCAUUUAGAGUAAAUUAAAUACAUCAACCUCCUAUCAGAUCUAUUCAGAGAGAGAUUUUCUAAUGCAGAAGACUCAUUUUUCCUCACCGUCCAGGAACUAGUGAAGUGAGUCACUUGUGCUGUUGUAAUCAGGGGCGCAAGUUCUUUAUUCUUGUUGGUCAGUAAAUAGUGCCUAAUUAUGUUAAUUGCUCAUACUUAGAUUUAUGUGACAUGGAAAUGAAUGUUUGGCUUAGAAUAUAAUUCUUUCUUUAGAAAUGAUCAGCACAAAAUUUACACUAGAAAAUCUGAUGACAGUAUAUACAGAAAAAUACAUAGAUUUAAAAGAAUGAACUGACUCAGGGUCAUAGCAUAUCUCAUGCCACCAAAUGCAGAGGUUUAAAGCACACUCUCGUCUACCCCAGCUGACUGUAACGGAAUGCAGCUCGUGAUUCUCUCUUCUCCUGAUACCGGAAAUUAGUGGGUUUCAGGUUGCAGUUCAAGAACACACGUGUACUUGCCAGGGAUCGCACCCUGAGUGAUUUAACUGCCCUGAGAGAGAACCCCUCUGCACUCCGGCAGCUGGAAGAUUCCCGUUGAAGUCAUCUUUUAAGUGGUAAAUCAAGUACUGAUGCUGCCAGAUUUUUAUAUAUGAAGGUAUUUCUGCUUAACAUUCAGUAUUUCUUAAGCCUGAUUAUUUGUUUUUUGACGAUGCUCUCUUUUUGCACACUUCUUUUAGAUAGCACCUUUACUGUUACUCAUAACGUGCUGGCAUUAACAUUAGCAUGGCCAAAGCUGGUUAACAAUAUUAGCUGCAUUUAUAGUUUCAGCACAUCCAGUUUACAGCCCAGAAUAAUCAGUCCAUCAGAGUUUGAACCAAAGAAGAUACGGAUUUGUGUGCCAGCGGUUUCAGUCAGAUUAGGGGGAAAUAAUUGCCUCAAGCAAAGAAUCAGUAGCACAAACUGUUAUUUAUAAAAUAACAGGAUUAAUUCCUAAAUGAUAUUAGAUUCUGAUUUAGAAUUGUAAAUGAGGGAGAAACUAUUAUGGCUAGGUCAGAGUUAACAGGUAGGAGUCUUCAAACUUACCUAGUUCGCUCAGGGAGUUGGCUACUGGUCAUAUAAAAUGUACUAUUUUCUGUGUUUACUUUUGUUACAUAUAUAAUAUAUAAUGCUGCCAAAUAAAAGUAUUUUAUAUGCAACUCUUUCUGUGAUACAAUCAAAGAAUGUUAAUUGUGCCGCAAAAUUUGUGCCGCCUACAAAGUGAUGCGUAGUUGAGUCAUCGGUCAUACUCUCUGAAAUAGGGUUUGAUUGCUUUCCACAAGAUGGUAGCAUUCACCUACUUUUACAACUGAUACCUCAGUCUUUCUGUGGUUUGGUAAGAGCAAGUUGCAUCAAGCCACGGGGCCCAUGUGUAAUAGUUACAAAACUUCACUUCUUGUGAGUGCAUAUGCACGUACCCACUUCGGUGCUUCCUCCAGAAGAGCACUGGCUGAUUUUAAAAGUAUGGCGCACUUAGGACUGAUGUAGCAGAGUUGUCUAGUUUUGUUCCAGGGCUGCUGCUGUUUGACAAGGUUAAAUGCUGCAAAAUAACGUUAUUGAACCAAACUUAGUAGUUGUACAAAAAUGCAAGGUUUUAAGGAAGGAGGGGGAAAACAAUUGAUGUAAGUCGAUGGAGACAGAUUUUAUUUUUAUUAAACCGAUCUUGGACUCACCUGAUGAAACUGAUUAGCAGUAAGAUACAGAAUUUGCAAAGCUGGUAAGCGCA